UGAGUCAGAAAUGUCAGAAUUUCAGAAUCAGUCAGAAUGUUGUUGUUUAAUCUUUCUAUUAGUUUCUAGUUUUAUUUGUUAGAUUUAUCAAAUUGUUUUGUCCAUGUUGAUUCUAAGUAGUACUUGUAAUGUGGAAGUAAAAUCGUUUCCCAGAUGGCGUGGACAGCUGUAAAAAACCAAUUUAAAGAAACCUGGUUAACAACUUCGCUCAGUCUGAUUUUAUUUACGGGAGUUACUUAUUUUUUAUUGUGGGCUGAGGUAAAUAGUGUGCAUUAAAACGACAACAUGAGAUUCAUCAGUUCACGAAAAAGUCAAACAAUUAAAAGCAACUUGAUGUUAGAAGAACUGAUAUCAGCAGCUAUAAGUAUAGAUGUGCACACAGAAGACCAAGCCAAACAUUAUGAAGGACAAAUUGUUCAUAUCAUAGGCCCAAUUGAAAUACUGGAACCUAUAUCUGAGCCUGACUACAACAUACAGGUCCAGGCCGUCAAAUUGAGGAAAAGAGUACAAAUGUAUCAGUGGAUUGAGGAGACAACAGAGCAAAACAAUUUUCUGUCAGAACCUGCAGAAGAAUACCAGAAAACUUAUUGGUAUCAUAAAGACUGGAGGGAUUACAUUGUAGAUUCAAACCUGUUUUACAUUAGACCUGGUCAUCACAACCCUACAUCAAUGCCUUUGUUUAGUGAGACGCAUAUAGCUGAAAAUGUCAGAAUAGGCUGGUUGUAUCUUGGCACUGAUGUAAAACGUAAGGUAAAUGACUAUUACGAGAUUUGGUCAGAUUCAAGGCCUGAUAGGAGUGACAUUAAACUACACUCAGGAUUUUAUUAUCACGGUGAAAGCGCAUUGGAACACAAAAUAGGAGAUUUGCGAAUUCAUUUCAGUUAUGCUGGACGACAAGAUGACAUAUACACAGCAGUGGGUGUUGUAGAGAGUGGAGUGCUCCAACCAUACAGUUCAUCAUCAUUCCCAUCAGCAGACCCAAUCUCAUUGUUUCGAAAGGGUUCCUACACUUUACAACAUCUGCAUGAGUUAGAGAGGAAAGAUGCAAAUGUACACACUUGGAAAUAUAGACUGCUUGGUUUCAUUCAAGUUUUUGCUUCUGCAAUGACUUUACAUCCUGACUGGAUUACACUAUUUUUACAGUUUUCAUGGAUAUCACAUAAUCUCAGAAGAUGCACAAGGGCUUGGGUCAACUUGGUCUUAUCAUUUUCAUACUCUUGUUUCAUCAUAUCAUUUCCUUGGUUACUUCACAAACCGGUGUACGGCGUGAUAAUAGUGGUCUACUCUAUAAUACCUCUUCUAUAUUACUCUACGUUAUUGACAAGACGCGAAGUGACCGAAUCUAUGUCAUAUAGAAGAUGGAACGACGAUAUUCGCUGAGCGCGAUAGCUCAGAUCGCAUUAUGAGCUCCCUUCCCUAUUUCACUGAGGUUUCUGGUGAAAUCAACCCAUUCGGAUUAUGUUGUUUCUCUAAACUUAAAAUGGAUAGCGGGUGAAUGAGCUAAAUUGUCAUAAGCAUUUUAAUGGGUUUUGUGUAUCUGUGAGAGGAGACACGUGAUCUAAUAAAACAGUAUAAAUUAAUAUAAUAACAAUUUUGUUAAAUUUCUACCGAAAUGAACAAGGCAUCAAGAACUAUUAUUUUAUUUUCUUAAAUGAUUAGUAUAAGGACAUGCCAAAGAUUUUUCCCGAUUGCCACCUCGAUACUCACGAUUUGGUCAGUUGCAUUGUUCAAUUGCUCGGUCGGUGGAUAGUAAAUGAAGAACUUUUGAAAUGGACGGAAUAUAGACGACGAAAAACAUUACAUACUUCUACAUGAAAAGUUGUGUUCGUGCUCACUCCUGUUAAUAUAAUACUUAAUUUCUUUACAUUAAAUAUAUUAUUAAUAAACGAA